AUGCGCACUAGAGGCCGCUCGCCGUCCGGUCCCUUCAAACGUUUGCCCCUUCUCGGCCUCCGCCAACGCGCCCCGCCCCGCGCAUGUGCAGCGGCGGUUUUUUUUCCCUUGGCGCUCUGGGGCGCGGGCGAUUUGUAGGUAAUGGCGGGCAUUAGGGCGCUGAGGUGUAGCGGAGGAUGCGCUGGCGGCUGUGAGUGCGGCAACAAGGGCAAAUGCAGCGACUCCUCGCUGUUGGGCAAGAGACUCUCCGAAGACUCCAGCCGCCACCAGCUGCUGCAGAAGUGGGCGAGCAUGUGGAGCUCCAUGAGCGAGGACGCGUCGGUGGCCGACACGGAGAAGGCGCGGCUCGAGGAGGCGGCGGCUGCGGAGGAGAGGCCGCUGGUGUUCCUGUGCUGCGGCUGUCGGCGGCCGCUGGGCGACUCGCUGAGCUGGGUGGCCAGCCAGGAGGACACCAACUGCAUCCUGCUGCGCUGUGUUUCUUGUAAUGUUUCUGUGGAUAAGGAACAGAAGUUAUCCAAACGUGAAAAGGAAAAUGGUUGCAUCCUUGAGACUUUGUACUGUGCGGGGUGCUCACUCAAUCUUGGCUACGUGUACAGAUGCACGCCCAAGAAUCUUGAUUACAAGAGAGACUUGUUUUGCCUCAGUGUUGAAGCCAUUGAAAGUUAUGUUUUAGGGUCCUCUGAAAAGCAAAUUGUGUCAGAAGAUAAAGAGCUUUUUAAUCUUGAAAGCAGAGUUGAAAUAGAAAAGUCUCUAACACAGAUGGAAGAUGUCUUGAAAGCAUUACAAAUGAAGCUGUGGGAGGCCGAAUCAAAAUUGUCCUUUGCCACUUGUAAAAGCUGAACUCUAGUCUGUGUCCUCCAUUCUGCCCCCGCCCUUCCUCCCCUUAUUUGUUAAAUGAAGCAACAUAGUGAGAUGUUGUCUCUACAAAAAAAAAAAAAAAAAAAAUUUAGCCAGGCAUGCGAAACACUGAGGUGGGAGGAUCACUUGAGCUUGGGAGGUCGAGGCUGCAGUGAGCCUUGAUCAUGCCACUACUGCAUUCCAGCCUGGGCGACAGACUGAGACCUUGUCCCUCCCCCCACAAAAAGACCCCAAAAUUGUAGAAUUACUUUUAGAGCUAUAUUUUAUGGUAAAGAAGUGAUUGUUUCUCAAAAUCCCAUUUUAAAGCCAUUUUAUGGUACUUGUUGGAAUUGGGACUUAGGAGUUUUGAUUUUGAUGAGAAACUGGGAUAAUUUUCUGAACUUUUUUUCCUCUGUAUCACAUUUAUUUACUAUUUUUAAAAACUUUAUUUGACUUUUAACACUUGGGAAAAUAUUUAUUAUAAAUGAUAAGAAAAAUCUUAGAGGUUUUUCUACCCACAGUGUCAUGGAAUUUUCUCUGAAAACUAAUGCAUAAAGUUCCCUAGAGAAAUUGGUCAGAAUGAUCUGUCAGAACCAUUUGAAAACUUACUCAAGAGCAGUCACAUAUACAGUAGGAUUUUACAUUUUCCUGCUAUGUACUACUAUAUGCUUAAAAAUCCUGGAGGAAUACUUACCAAAGAGGAGUAGCCAUCUCUGAGGGUGGGAUACUGGGGGAGUUUUUGGUUUUUCUGUUUUCUAUCAUGUAAAACUUCUGUAGUAUGUAUUUUUAUAAUUGAAGAGAAUAAAGAUUAAAACAAAGUGCUUUAA